AUGGAUGAUAAUAUUGUAAAUGAGAUGAAGGAUGAAAUUUCUUGUCUAGUACAAAAGGUCAAGCCUUUUCAGCCAAAUGUGAGGGAGAUUUAUAUCAAAGCCCUCAAAGCUUUAGAAUCAUCACUGCAAGAUAUCAUUUUGGUGGAACAACCUGUUCUGCACUUUCUCUAUACUCUUCUUCGCCAUAUGAUAGAGCUAUCAAAUGUGAAGGCAAGAUUCAAGAGAUCUGUAAUGGAUCAAAUCGAAGCAUUGCAUGAGGAGCUGCAAAUUAUUAGUUGUUAUCUCUUUGAUCCAUCAGCUUCGCAAUACACUCAGAAAAUUAAGAAAGUGAGCCAUCUACUUUUGCACAUCAAAAUAGUGCUCUGUCGUGCAGCAUAUGCUAUUUAUGCAUCUUAUGACAGUGAUAUUCCUGAAGAAAUGGCUGGGGAGCUGAAUCUUAGAAUUGCUGAUUUGCUGCUAGAGAUAGAGCUGCAGUAUCAAAUGGAGAUGGUUCUUGGAAGCGUAUUAUCUCUCAGAGAAGAUUUUUUUGAAAUUGGGGAACAACUUUUCCGAGAACAGGAGGAGCAGAGAGACCCUUUGCUACGUUUCAAAGACAUUGUAUGCCAGACUGAAUUUGUCAUUGAUUCAUUUAUUGCCAGAAGUGGUCAUCUUUGGGAAUGGAAAUUGGGGCUGUUUGAUAUCCUACAACAGAUUAAGAUUAUCAGCAGAGAGCUGGUUAGGAAAUUUGUUGGAUUGCAAGGUCCCAACCAUGAGGCUGGAAAUGAAACAAAGAAGUCCAUUGGCCAUGUGGAGCUUUUUGCUGAUGAAGCAAAAAAGAUAAAGAAGCAACUUACUAAUGGUUUCACAGAGUUGUACAUACUCUCGAUUGUGGGAAUGCCUAGCAUUGAAUGCAAAGGCCUAACUCUUGCUGUGGAUUUGGUAACUGGACUACUGGGAAAGAAGGCAAGAAAUACAGAAUGCUGGGCACAGGUUGCAAAUAGUUUAAACACAAACCUUCUUGAAGAUGAAGACAGACGGUGUAUGCACAUACUGGAACUUAGUUACAGGCAGUUACCAGACCAUUUGAGGCCAUGCUUUCUUUAUUUCAGAGCAUUUCCUUGGAACACAGAAGCGCCAACAAAUAAGUUGAUGUGGCUAUGGAUUGCAGAAGGAUUUGUUCAACUGCAAAAAGAUGAUGAAGGAAGCUCAGAGGAUGUCGCUGGGAGCUACUUGAAUGAUCUAAUUGGCAGAAGCCUUGUAACAGAUUGCAAAGGCGUAUCCUCCGAUGGAGUGAAAGCAAGCUGCGUCCAUGAUCUAUUGGAUGAUUUUGCUCUGGCAACAGUUAAAGAAGAGUGCUUUUUGCAGCUGCAAACAUGUGUUCAUUCUGAUCAUUUGUCUUCUCAUGCCCAGACAUUGGUGCUGGAUAUUUUGCACAUCAACGUUGGAUUCACUCCUCUCAUAUGUCAGCUAGAUUAUUCUUCCAAAUGCAACUUUUUGCCUGUUUUGGACUUCCUCACUCGACUUGAGUCGCUCAAUGUGGUUUACCACGGUCAGUUGCUUCAUUAUCCUUUUGAAUUCAACUUUCCACAAAAUAUUAAGAAGUUGAAUCUAUCAGAAUUUCAGUUGCCAUGGAGUGCCAUUUCAAGCAUUGGGAAACUGCACAAUCUUGAGGUUCUUAAAUCAUCAGAUGCUUCCUUUAAAGGGAAAACAUGGGAAAUGAAAGAAGGGGAAUUCCUUAAAACUCAAAUUCUUGAAGACGUUGCACACUGGAAUACCUCAGAGGAUCAUCUCCCUUGCCUUGAGACUCUAGUUGUGAAGAACUGCCACCAACUUGUUGAGAUCCCUCCUGGUUUAGGGGGCAUACUCACACUGCAGAGGAUUGAGUUGCAGGGGAUUCAGCCCAGAGAGUGA